UGGAGAUAAGGACACACUGAUCUCUGCUUCAGUCCUGAGGUUGCAAACCCACACAGGAGCAUCAAGCGUCAGAGCUCAGACGGUGAAAUAGAUGUUAAUAUGACUAAAUAGCAGCAGCAUAGGAUCAUCUGGACACCUCAGGCAGUACAGAUUGAGUGUUCAACACGUGCUGGCACAGUUGAUCUGUUCAGGUUUACAGCGUACGACAACUGUAACAACAGAGGAAGCCCCUCCCUGAUAUCGACUCGGCUCCUCGUCAUGUCGAUUGUAGUCUACAACAUCUCCUCCACCUCAGCCAGGGUGAGCUGGCCGGCGUCCCCCAGCUGCCUGGACACCUUCUACAGCGUCAUGUACGACCCCAACUGGAACAGCCUCUUCUUGGGCUACAAGCGCAAACGUUUCUCGUAUGAGGAGCGCAUCCCCGUCAGUCAGACCACCACGCACAUCGCCAACCUCCUGCCCCAGACCGCCUACUUCCUGUGUGUGACGUGUCAGGCCGCCAAUCCGGUGCGAGACCAGUGCCAAGUGUUCAGCACUCUGAGCGAGAACAGCGAUGGCCACGACAGGGCUGGAUGGGAGCUUGCUAUGGGCGUCUGGCUGACCUGCUGCAUCUUGCUCCUGGUCAUCGCUGGCAUCCUGUUGUGGGGAUGUCUUCACACCGCCUGCUCCAUUCCCGGCCGGGCUGCAGACAGCCUCCAGGUGGUGGGCAAUUCGACCCAUCCAGACAUGUCCUCAUCCGGACCCCUCUACACUCCAAGAGGCAGCGAGGACAGCACCAAACAUGCCCACAGCUUACAACCCUCCCUGCUCUCAGCGCAGCCCACUGGCCACAUAAUUAACCAAGACCAUGAGCUGAGGACGCUGCCUAAGCUGUCUGGCAGUGAGCCAGCAUGAAUCAACUGGAUUAAGGUCAUCACAGUAUUGUUCUGCACAGACUGAAUUGUCAUAGAGUAUUUUUAUCCACUGAUGAAAUCCUAUUUGUGCUUAGGGGAAUACACGUUUUCACAGGAACCAUUUAAGACAAAAUAUUAGAAGACUACUUUAAAGUUUUCAAUGACAAAGGUUUAGAAAAGGAACCAACAAAAAAAAAACCUAAACAAUCUAUUAUUAUUAUUAAUUUGUUCCACUGAAUAUGAAUCUUUUCUUAUAGAAACUCACAAAGUACUUUUUGAUCAUUCUGUUCCUGUGGUAAACUGCUAGAUUUUUUUGACACAAACAUUUACAUUUGUUCUAUUUAUUUUGCACAUAAUUUAAGAGACUUCACACACGGUCUCCCAUAAUGAUGUUUUUCCACUUUCAUUCUAUAGAUUUACCAUAGUGAUAUGUAGUAAAUGUUUGGCUUUAACACUAAAGAAAUCCUCCACAUGAAAUCCAAGAAAAUAAAGUGACUACGUAUCAUG